CACUGUGCUCCCGUAGUUUGGGUGUCUAAUUAUUACCUUAGUAUUAUUAUUCUUCUUCUUAAUUGUGCAUUGCAGGAGCGGCCUCGCGCAGACGCUGGUCUAGAUCAAGGCACGGUACUCCCGUUCAUGCUGGUCCUCCUCCAGACGAACCGGAAAGGUCCUGUAGAAACUUCCAACUCUGAGGCCCACAUCACCUCACCUACUACCUACCUACCUACCUUACCCUCCUACAACAUCUCCCACAUCCACGACUUUCCGACCACUACUACUACUACCACCAGGCUUCAUACCUACCCACACGGCCACACUGACACCACCACCCUCGUCGCUGAAAUUGUUCGCUAUAGGCCCCCUCCGAGCCUUUGACCGCCUCCAACCAAACCCUCCACCCGUCGCACUCUCUCAUAUCGGCCCCAGGACGAGCCCAGACCUUGCCCGAGCCCCGAGCUGUACUCUCACGUCGCACGCCUAUCGUGACCACUGCCACCGUCCUGCCCUCUCGAACACCUUUCUUGCCGUAUCGUAGCAGCCAGCACACACCUCGACUUCGGCACUGGGCGCAGAACGGGAAGCCAAUGCUGCAUCAGUAAGGAGGGAGAGGAGUAGCAUCCUCAGCAGACACCGCCACUGGCCAUUGCGGCGUCCACACUCGCUUGGAUUGACCCGUCCGCUCGCCGUGUGCCGUAUGCUUUGAACGGAGCCAUUGGACGCCAUGACGGAAUGUUUGAGCCUCCCCAUGCAGCCAGAUAGGUCUCCGUAUUACCAGCGCUCGGGUUCUCUGAAAAGCUCAGCAUCCUCACCCUCUCUGUUCUUCGACAAAGAUUCAUCGAGCACCGCCAGCCCACGCACCGCAUACACACCUCAUGCAGAGCACCAGGAGACCCUGCACAAUCAUCCCUCACAAUGGACUUGUCCGCUGCCUACGCACUCCACGACGGACUCGUUUUCCACCAUCUCCAAUCACACCGUGGACGACUCUGUCACCACCAGCAGUGAUUCUUCGGUAACCAGUGACACGAGCGAGGAUACCGACAUCACUUUCCCCAACUAUGAUGGUUACGACGGGGACUUUGGUCUCCCCACAGACUCAUCAGUAGUAGCGGAGACCAACGGCAAAUGUCAUGACGAGCCGAUCGAGUCUCCCGCCAACACCACGAUAUCAGAGUCGCCACUGUCGACACCGACAGUGGUGGACGAUACCGCUGUGAGGCAGGAACCAUCGCGGCAAGUGGACUUUCUCAGUCACGAAUGGAGAGAAGAAGACAUCUGGUCGUCAUGGAGGAAUAUUGUUUCCCAACGAAAGACGGUGUAUGGGGAAAGGUCGAGGCUCGAGAACGCUUCUUGGCGGACGUGGGCCAAAACCAAGUUUGAUCUACGCACAGUCUCACCCGAAAGACUGAACUGGCUCAAGGAGUCUGACGUGACCUGGUUGUAUGGCCCACUCAAGGUCGCAGCUUCGUACCCCAUCACGCAUCAUUCGGGCACUAAUUCUGCCUCGCGCCUGUCCACGAACAAUUCGUUCGUCAACAAGAAACCAAUAUUGAAGAAGCGAAGCAUGUCGGAGGUCAUGCUGCAAAAGUCGUUAUCGACCUCGUCACUGGUCAAGCAAGCUGCGGCAUCGGCGCAAUCUCAAGGUUGCCACUGGCGGCGAGCUGGUCCCGACGUGAUUGACUCGAAACUGCAAUCUGAAAUCCCCAGCAGAGACCAGAUGGACUAUUUCACGAGCCAUAGCACGAGUGGCGUGGGGACUCCCUACGAGAGUCACGAGAAACGCCACAUUCGCUUCGAUGACCGUGUGGAGCAAUGCAUAGCGGUUGAUUGCAAAUACACGGGUCUGGAUGAAGACGAUGACGAGGAAAUUGAGGACGAAGAAGCGCACGGUGAGCAUGCAGUAUCCGAUUCGAGCAGUGAUGAAGGAAUCGUCAUGAUGAAGCGCAAACGGCGUGCGACCGCGAAACGAAGACCUACUGGGAGCAGAAACAACUCGGCCACCAGUGGAAGGAAAAUCAUCGAAACGUUACCCGCCACGACAUUGAAAUACCGCACCGAUAGUCCCGACAUCACCGAGGAAGCACAGCACCAUACAUUCGGGCGCUCGUGGAGCACCGGAAAUCUCUCACCGAGCCCAUCGCAGGAAACAUUGCGGCCCACGAACCCACUCAACAAUUUCUUACUCCCUACAGAUGAUGAUGCCGAAGACGAAAUCGAUUCGGACUCGUCGUGGAGCUUUGGUGCCACCAAUCCCAAAUCCAGUCUGGGUGCAUCGGGCUCCCUCUCCCAUAGAGAAGCGGCAGACACUCGCCGCACACGACGCAAUACUGCAGCGCCGGCGGAGCAAUUCGAUUUCCAGGUGGAGGGCAUGCGAAGGACGCCCAGCGGAAUGUUCAUGCCAGUGGAUGAAGACGAGGACGAUAUCGUCGCCGCAGGCUUGUUUGGUCGGGUCAGUGAGACGAUCAACACGGCACGGGACAUUGCGCAUGUCAUCUGGAACGUGGGCUGGAGAAAGUGACUGACGUAUGCUCUCUCUCUCUCUCUCUCUCUCUCUCUCUCUCUCAUCUGGCUCGCACUGUGACCACGGUCCCGGUGUUGGUUGCCCGGCGUGUACUCAGACCACGACGAUGCAAACCCAUGGCCACUGCUGUCCAAGAUGUGUUAUUGUAGCUAUCAGCGCAGUGUCGCUGUCCACGGAUCGGUACAGAUAGAACGCUCUGUGUACAGCCAUCGAAUGAUACGCACCCGCUGAAUGACCACUUUCAU